AUGGGUAGUGGAGAUGAUGACCACCCUUCUUCCAAAAGACCAAUCCAGCACACUCAAACCAAGUACAAGCUCAAAAUACUGUUACUAGUCAUCCUGACGAAUCUCCUCACCAUUUACGUCUUCACUGGUCCUUCUCUACCCAUCGCUCAAAACCUUUCGCUGCCUACUUGGGACCACACGAAACUCUUGAAUGAGCUCAACAUCACCAAACGUGAGCUAGCAAACAGCCGAGCCCAAAACUCAGACUUGCAACAGCAUCUCAAGGCCAGCAAUAUUCUUACGAAAUCUCUACUAACUGAGCUCUCUCGCCUUAAUGCAGCUAUAGACCAACAUUCUUCUUCUAAGGAGGGGUCCUCGAUUUUCAGCUUCGAUGAUCUUUUAUCUGAUCUAUCUACUGAAGCCAAGAUUGGAAUGGGCCCUCAGAAGCUCCCGUUGGGGUACUCCCCGCGAUCGGGCACAGACGAGCUCUACCCUUCAGUGGGAGGAGGUUGUUUGAGGUAUAAGGAGGAGUUAGCACAAUAUAUGACGUAUAAGAUUGGUGGAGAAUGCCCCGUGGAUGAUGUUUUUGCGCAAAGGCUCAUGCUCAAGGGGUGUGAGCCGCUGCCAAGAAGGCGGUGCCACCCCAAGUCUCCAGCUGGUUAUAAGGAGCCCAAUCCAUUGCCAAAGAGUCUUUGGACGAUGCCACCUGACACAAGCAUCGUUUGGGAUCCCUACACUUGCAAAAGCUAUGGUUGCUUGGUUGAGAGGAAAAAGCUUCCAGUAUUCUACGACUGCAAAGACUGCUUUGAUUUAGAAGGCAGGGAGAAAUCAAGAUGGCUCUUCGACAAUGGAGGCUUGGAUUUUGGGAUCAACGAGGUUUUGGGUACAAAACCUCAUGGAACUAUUCGGAUUGGACUCGAUAUUGGAGGUGGAACGGGCACGUUUGCUGCCAGGAUGAAAGAAAAUAAUGUGACCAUUGUCACAACUUCUAUGAACUUGGAUGGUCCAUUUAACAGCUUCAUCGCAUCCAGGGGAUUGAUUUCGAUGCACAUGAGUGUCUCGCAGAGGCUUUCUUUCUUUGAGAAUACUCUGGACAUCGUGCACUCGAUGCAUAUUUUGAGCAAUUGGAUUCCUGAUACCAUGCUUGAGUUUACACUUUAUGAUAUUUACAGGGUAUUGAGACCCGGAGGGAUAUUCUGGCUCGACCAUUUCUUCUGCCUAGGUUCACAGCUGAAUUCAACCUAUGUUCCAAUGCUCGAUCGUGUUGGAUUCAAGAAACUGAGAUGGAAUGCAGGCAUGAAGCUCGAUCGUGGGAUUGACAAGAAUGAGUGGUAUUUUUCUGCUUUGUUGGAGAAGCCAGUGAAAUCCUGA